GGCCAUCAGCAUCCUAUGGGCUUCCAUUUCUGCUUUGCUUUGUUUCACGAGGACAAACUUCAGAGGAAACAACUGGUCAAAGUGUACAGAUGGUUUCUAUGGCUCUUGAUAUGUUCUGUCAGAUCGCUGUCUACCAAGGGGUUGGCCCUCGUGACAUGCAGCUGUGUCAGGAUCUUGCGCCUCCCACCAGGAAUAUUGCUGAACUCAGAACACCAGCAAAGCCGCGAUCUCCCGGCAGCUGAGCAUGGAUGGGCCACACUGAUCACCCGGCAGCGACUGGCACAUGCUGUGAUUUCAGCGUCUCCACCGCUCCCUCUGGAGGACUCAGGUACAUCCUUCCAUUCAUUCGCCAAAAACCUGAGCAUCAACUGUGAACACAGCUGUGCUGCCAGGAGGCCCGGGAGGCCACCUUGUGACGCCAGCCGUGGGACCUGGCAGGAAAAGCAUGAGACAGAAGUGAAGUCUGUAAGAAGAUGCUGGGGCCUGCUUGCAGCCGGACCUUUGAGGGAGCAUUUCUUCAAUGAACAGCGGGAUGGAUCAUUGAAGCAUAACCUGAAGGAUCUCAGAGUGCGGUCGGUGGACCAGAGCGUCAGCAUCAGCUGUGAGGUGGAGCAGUGGGAUUCAGAUGAGCCCAUCCCCAGGAAGGAGCUGGAGCGAGGAGUGGCCGGGGCACAUGGCCUGCUUUGCCUCCUCACAGAGCAGGUGGACAGAAAGCUGCUGGACGCCGCAGGAGCCAAUCUCAAAGUCAUCAGCACAAUGUCUGUGGGCGUCGACCACUUGGCUUUGGAUGAAAUCAAGAAGCGUGGGAUCCGUGUGGGCUACACCCCAGAUGUCCUGACAGACGCCACCGCGGAACUCGCUGUCUCCCUGCUGCUCACCACCAGUCGCCGGCUGCCGGAGGCCAUUGAGGAAGUGAAGAAUGGUGGCUGGACCGCGUGGAAGCCCCUGUGGAUGUGUGGCUACGGCCUCACGAAGAGCACCGUGGGCAUCAUCGGGCUGGGGCGCAUAGGCCAGGCCAUUGCUCGGCGACUGAAGCCAUUUGGUGUCCAGAGAUUUCUAUACUCAGGGCGCCAGCCCAAGCCUCAGGAAGCAGCAGAAUUCCAGGCAGAGUUUGUGCCCACCUCCCAGCUGGCUGCUGAGGCCGAUUUCAUCGUUGUGACCUGCUCCUUAACGCCUGAAACCAAGGGCCUCUGCAACAAGGACUUCUUCCGGCUGAUGAAGAAAACAGCCGUGCUGGUCAACAUCAGCAGGGGAGACGUGGUGAACCAGGACGACCUGUACCAGGCCUUGGCCAGUGGCCAGAUUGCAGCUGCUGGACUGGAUGUGACAACCCCGGAGCCACUGCCUACGAGCCACCCUCUGCUGACCCUGAAGAACUGUGUGAUCCUGCCCCACAUUGGCAGUGCCACCCAUGGAACCCGAAACAUCAUGUCCUUGUUGGCAGCCAACAACUUGCUGGCUGGCCUGAGAGGGGAGCCAAUGCCCAGUGAACUCAAGCUGUAGCCAGACAGGAAGCACCGAGGGCCAGGCAGACAUGCCCGGGAUGCUGUCGGCUGUGCCAGGCUUGAUUUGGACCCACAGGACAGGAGCCAUGGAAAAGUCCGAUCUGGGCUGAUGCUGCAGAGGGAAGACUGGUGCUGGGAGAUGUGCUUGCCACUCUUGUGGUUGGAAACAUCUGCGCCAAAAGUGUGUAAUUGUAUUAAAUAAUUCUCUGAGA